AUGUGCCAAAACAUAGAUGACUGUGCGUCCUCUCCUUGUGCCCAUGGAACCUGUACGGACGGGGUGGGGAGUUACACCUGUAGCUGUGAGAACGGCUGGGAAGGAACUGACUGUGACCAGAAUAUGGACGACUGUGCCAGCAAUCCUUGUUGGUUCGGAGGAACUUGUGUAGAUGGUGUCAGGGACUUCAGCUGUGUCUGUCCGAAAGGGUUUGAGGGGGAAAAGUGUGAAAUCGCUUUGUUUUCCGGACAGUGCUACCAGUUCUCGUCAGACGCCCUCUCCCACCCCGAGGCCCAGCAGGCCUGCAGUACCAACAGCGGCCACCUGGCGGACGUGAAGGAUGUACAUCAGCACAUCUUCCUCACCGACGGCAUGACGACCACCACUGGGGCGUCCAACUGGCUCGGGAUGAAACUGGAACCAGUGUACAGUCUCAAAAACAGCGAUGGCUCGGCUGCUCAAGACUCUGCAAAGUACCGGCCAGAUCCGUUGGAAAUCUCUGCAUGA